AUGGGCUCGGAAAAGACGCUGCUCGAGCAGCAACCCCCGCCGCGCGGCGGUCGGGGCAAGUCUCCUGCGCGAUCCAAAAAUCAGAAAUCUCCCGUCCGCGGCUACACCUCCGAGGGCGUGAAGGACAAUGACAUUUCCAAGCUGCCCGGUUCCGACUGGCAGCUGCUCGGUCUGCUCACGCUGGUCGCCGCUGGCGUGCGCUUGUUCCGCAUCUACCAGCCUGGCAGCGUUGUCUUCGACGAGGUCCACUUCGGUGGUUUCGCCUCAAAGUACAUCAAGGGCAAAUUCUUCAUGGAUGUCCACCCGCCGCUUGCGAAGCUGCUCAUCACCCUUGCUGGAUGGCUGGCCGGCUUCGACGGCGAGUUCGAUUUCAAGGAUAUUGGCAAGGACUACAUCGAGCCCAAGGUUCCAUACGUGGCUAUGCGUCUGCUUCCUGCGAUUCUGGGAGUUAUGACCAUCCCCACCAUGUUCCUGACUCUCAAGGCUUAUGGCGCCCAAACCAAUAUUGCCGCUCUCGGCGCCGGCCUGCUCAUCUUCGAGAACGGUUUUGUCACCCAGUCCCGCCUUAUCCUCCUGGAUUCUCCUCUGGUCAUCUUCACCGCUUUCACCGCGCUCAGCUGGACUCUCUUUACGAAUCAGCACGAACAAGGCCCUUCCAAGGCAUUCAAGCCCGCCUGGUGGACGUAUCUUGUCCUCACUGGUCUGGGCUUGGGAGCUACCGCCAGCGUGAAGUGGGUUGGCCUGUUCACAAUUGCGUGGGUGGGAAGCUUGACCCUUCUUCAGCUGUGGGUUCUUCUCGGUGACGCGAAGAAUGUUACUCCGCGCCUCUGGUUCAAGCACUUCUUUGCCCGCUUCUUUUGCCUUGUGAUCAUCCCCAUUGGCUUCUACGUUGGAAUGUUCGCCAUCCACUUCCUCUGCUUGGUCAACCCCGGUGAGGGCGACGGCUUCAUGUCCUCGGAAUUCCAGGCUACUCUGAACAACAAGGGUAUGGCCGACGUCGCUGCCGAUGUAGCGUUCGGUAGCAGGAUCAGCCUCCGCCACCACGCCACUCAAGGCGGUUACCUGCACUCUCACGCGCACAUGUACCCCACUGGCAGCAACCAGCAGCAGAUUACCCUCUACCCCCACAAGGAUGAGAACAACAUCUGGCUGCUUGAGAACCAGACCCAGCCUGUGCUUCCUGACAACACUACCAUUCCCGGCCCCGGUGCUUGGGACGCCCUGGACCCCAACUGGAUCGAAGAUGGUGCUGUCCUCAAGCUUUACCACAUCACCACUGACCGCCGUCUCCACUCCCAUGAUGUUCGUCCCCCGGUGAGCGAGGCUGAUUGGCAAAACGAGGUCUCCGCGUAUGGUUACGAAGGCUUCGAAGGUGAUGCCAACGAUUUGUUCAAGGUUGAAAUCGUUCCCUGGUUGUCUGAAGGCGAGAAGGCCAAGAAGCGGGUUCGCACGAUUCAGACCAAAUUCAAGCUUGUCCACAUCAUGACGGGCUGCACUCUUUUCUCGCACAAGGUCAAGCUUCCAGACUGGGGAUACGAGCAGCAGGAGGUUACCUGUGCCCGAGGCGGUACUCUCCCCAACAGCAUCUGGUACAUCGAGUCGAACGACCACCCCAAGCUCGGACCCGACGCCGAGAAGGUCAAUUACAGGAACCCCGGCUUCUUUGGCAAGUUCUGGGAGCUUCAGAAGGUCAUGUGGAGAACGAAUGCCGGCCUCACCGAAUCCCAUGCGUGGGACUCUCGUCCUCCGUCUUGGCCCAUCCUCAAGCGUGGUAUCAACUUCUGGGGCCAAAACCACCGUCAGAUCUACCUCAUCGGCAACCCUCUCAUCUGGUGGUCUUCGACGGUCGCCGUUCUUGCUUACGUGGUCGUCAAGGCUCUCGCGGUUGUUCGCUGGCAGCGUGGAUUCAAGGACUACAGCAACGUCACUUUCAAGCGUUUUGACUAUGAAGUUGGCAUGACCCUUCUCGGAUGGUUCUUCCACUACUUCCCCUUCUACCUCAUGCAGCGCCAGCUGUUCCUGCACCACUACUUCCCUGCCCUGUACUUUGCUAUCAUGGCUCUCUGCCAGAUCUACGACUUUGCUGUGAACCGCUUCUCUAGCCUCGGCCUGAAGCAGCGUCCUGUCAUUGGGCAAACCGGCGCCAUCCUUUUCCUCGCGGCCUCCAUCACCGUGUUCACCCUGUAUGCACCGCUCACGUACGGCAAUGCCUGGACGCAGGAUCAGUGCAAGGCUGUCAAGCUGUUCGACAAGUGGGAUUGGGACUGCAACACCUUCCACACUUCGUAUGAUCAGUAUGGACCUUUGUGGGUCCCGAAGGCGUCCAGCACCCCUGUCGCCGAGGUGCCGGCGGGUCAAAAGGAGCAGCCAAAGGAGCAGAAGGUUACGCCGCAGGCGGAUGACGGCAACGUUCUCGAUCGCGAGGAGAAGGUUGAGUACCGCGACGAGGCAGGCAACAUCCUCAAUGAGGAACAAGUCAAGGCUCUCGAGGGCAAGGUCAGCUUCAAGACGCGCUACGAGACACGGACGCGGAUGGUGGACGCAGCGGGCAACGAGAUGGAGGGCGAGGGCGUUGCGCCGCCUCACCCUGACUACGAGGGCCAGAACCCCGAGACGGCGGAGAAGGGCGAAGACGAGGCCAGCGCUCAGCCGCCGGAGGUUUCGGCCAGCGAGGACGAAGUCAAGGAGGCGAGUGCCGAGGAUAAGGAGAAGAAGAGCGCACCCAAGCCUGCAAGCGAGGCGAAGGAGGCAACCAAGCAGUAA